UGAACAAUUGGUUCAGUGUGUGUCGUGGGCGAGAGUCGUGCGCACGGCCGCGCGCUCCCGGGAGACCGGGGAAGUUUCACGCGCUCGGGAAACUUUACACAAACAUUGGGACCAACGAACAAUAACAUGCGCUCAUGUAUGAAGAAGCAAACGUUUCUGGAUCAUUCUAGAAGUUAAUUGGCUUCUUUAUUACUGAUUGAGUUAUUUGUAAAAGUGCCAUGGCAACCAGAGGCUUUGCUUGAGAGCAGAGCCGGUCGGCGUGCCUGGAAAUAUGCAGCAGCCUUGGUGGUCCAUAUACUUACUGGCUAUAUUCAUGCUAGGACUAGACUCGAAGCUCGUUGGUCAAGCAUUUCAACCAGAAUUCGCUGAGUCACUAAUGAAUCUGACUGUACCAAUCGGCCGGGAUGCAACUUUCAGAUGUCUAGUACAAAACUUAGGCGGAUACAGAGUAGGAUGGGUAAAAGCCGAUACUAAAGCCAUUCAAGCAAUACACGUCCACGUAAUAACAAACAAUCACAGAGUCGGAGUAUCACAUAACGGUCAGACCGUUUGGAAUUUACACAUUAGAAACGUCCAGGAGGAGGACCGGGGUCAAUACAUGUGUCAGAUCAAUACGGACCCAAUGAAAAGCCAGAUGGGUUACCUAGAAGUGGUAAUCCCUCCAGAUUUUAUACCAGAAGAGACGUCAGGAGACAUAAUGGUACCUGAAGGUGGUACUGCCAGAGUCUCUUGCCGUGCAAGAGGCAUGCCAGAACCUCGUGUUCUUUGGAGGAGAGAAGAUGGGGCUGAUAUCGUUAUCAGGGAUCCAAAUGGUACCAAAACUAAAGUUGCCAUGUACGAGAAAGACGUGUUAACACUGACGAAAAUAUCUCGUUCGGAUAUGGGCGCAUAUCUGUGCAUCGCGAGUAACGGUGUGCCACCCACCGUGAGCAAGAGAAUUACUAUCAAAGUGCAUUUUCACCCGGUGAUCCAAGUGCCCAAUCAGCUGGUGGGCGCUCCGCUGGGUACUGACGUCACCAUUGAGUGCUACGUCGAGUCAUCGCCCAAGUCUAUCAACUACUGGGUCAGAGAUUCAAACGAAAUGGUGAUAUCAUCAAGCAAGUACGAAGUCGUCAACACAGUGGUCAGCUCGUUCGAGAGCCGCAUGACGCUGACGGUGCGACGGCUCACGGCAGCCGAUGUGGGGGGGUACCGGUGCGUCGCCAAGAACUCGCUGGGAGAAGUCGAUAGCGUCAUCAGGUUAUAUGAAAUCCCAGGGCCAACUGUAAAGAACACGAGUCCAGCAUACAAAAGAGACGACUACAAGUACUCGACGCCGAUAGAGGGGCCUGACAAUCAAUUCGGUUCUGCUGACAGCUCAGAUGACGAAGAUGAACGAGACACGGCCACAUACACCACCGACAGACAUUCAAAUGCAUACAAACACGAAAACGUUACUAGAAACAGAACAAUCCAUUACCCCCCGACAACGGAACAAAAGCUCAGCAAUAAAGUCCGCAAAAUUAUUAACAAAUUCGAAAUAGAAGAGUUUGGCAACAACAGAUGUUGUGUGCACUCUCUUCUCGUAAUAAACUGUAUUCUUUCGUUAGCAAUUAUUGUAGUACUAGAUUAUACGUAGAGAAAUAUUUGUGCUAGCUGUUAUUGCUAAAUGUUUACAAUGUUAACCAAACGAUACUUCGGUAUUCAUUCCAGUAUAUUGUAAGUUACGUGGAUGCAAGAUUUUAGCCUUCGAAUAUUAAUUAAUUGAACGUUUUGAAGUGGAUGCGAAAUUGAUAUUGAUGAGAGAGUUCCGUAGCUAUGGAAAUUAAUAUUACAUUGACGCGAUAUCGAUACAUUACAUUAUUAUCCAUUAUAAUCGAAUAUUUAUAAAAGCUUCACCUACUCUGAUACGUGUGUGAUAUGAUACCAGACUGUGAUGAAGAUAACAAAGAAAGCCACUUAUAUCAAACAGCGUAUUAUUGACUUAUCAGCUGUUAUUUUAACUAAGUAUUGGAAAAAUGCCAAAUGAUGAUGAAUCCAGCUGUUUAAAUUUUAUUCAAACAACAUUUUCCUUUGAUUGGCAUACAGAUUUUAAUUAAUCAUAGCUCAGUGAAAUGCUUUAUUAUAAUUUUAAUACGUAAUUGAUUUAAAUAACACAUGAAUCAUGCAAUUUUAUGACCCGAAUGAAAACAAAAGUUUUUCUAAUUAUUGUUUACUACUGACGUUGUUUGUUGAAAAUAACUAAUAAAAAUCAAGGGAACGAAUAUAAAUGGUCAUACGGAACGAUCAAUUUUAAUCAGGCAGGUAGCUAAAUAACAAACUUAUUAUACUUGUGUCGACAUAUUACGAGUACAUUUGUGAUUUCACCAAAAUCUACAUUCGAAAAAGUUACUUCAAAGUUUGUUUUUGUUUUCUUAAAGCUCUUCAAAGCCGUCAUUUAUGCACGUUUUCCCACAAGAUUUUUACCCAAAAAUGAGUACUUGAAAAGGUUUGUCGUACACCGACAGACACGAUUUUUUAUUAAUGUAAAUGCGGCUUUAAAUGCGAAUCCGUGGCGGAUACAAGUAUGAAUGGAUGUUGGUGACAAUACUUUUUCUGAAUAUUUAAAAUUAUCAUCCCAUACCAUGUGUUGAGGUUUUGUUUCAACUCUUAACGUUCGCUUUUGAAUUUUGCGCUACUCGUUAAAUCUUUGCUCAUUUGUUUGUCUUUGGGAAUAAUGUUCAUAUGUAGAUAUUUUGUUCUUUUUCGUGUGUAACAAACAUGUGCAUAUGAUGGGUAAAUAAGAAAUAUUUUAUGUUAUAAAACUUUCAUUUUGUUUCAAUAGUACCUACAGUUUAUAUUUAUUCCAUAACAGAUUUACACUGGUGAGGAAGAUUUUAACACGUAGUUAAGUACAACAUACUAGCUUCCACCAGUGGUUGCAUCUCUGUUCUGUGGGAACUAUCUCUACUUUACGCACCAGGAUAAAAGCUUAUAGCCUUUCUAGAUAAAAUAAGUUUUCUAAUACUGAAAUGUUUUCUUCAACUUUUCUACUUUUUUCAAGACAUCAACUUUCUAAAUUAGUACAGAUUAUAAUUAUGUCCGUUCAUUUUGGGCAUAUAGCGAGCGAGUAUUUUGAGUGAACAAUGUCUCAAUUUCAGUCUCGAGAAGGUAUUGCUUUGCAUUCUAGUAGUAGUUAACUAAUUCGAAUCUGUAGCAGAUGGUGUAAUGCGCCAACAUUUUAGAUGGUACCUUAAUUGCGGUUUUGCUAUCCAAAUAAAAAAACUUAACUUAUUAAAAAUUUAAUUAAGAUUAACUUUUUGUAGAGGUAUACAGGAGAAAAACCAUAUACUACUUAUUCAUGAAAUGUAUGUUCUGGUAUCAUAUGACUCACGAAACCAUUUAUUUAUACAAUUAAAAUUAAGUAUCUUUUUUAUACUGAACUAUUGGACACAAAAACAAUAAAAUCACAAAUCGUAUUUGUUGUGAAAGUAAGAAAGAAAAGUUAUCCAUGUAAAGUCCAUAAGUAAGAAUCAUGAUUCCAAAUAAUACAUAUUAAUGACCAAAUUGUUGUUAAAAUAUUGACGACCAUAUAAGUUUACCGACAUAUUAUAUGUCUCACAAAAAAUUAACCAAUAUAAUUUAUUUAAAUGUCGAAGAAUACUUUAAGCAUUUUUAUUUAAUACAAACACAUAACAACUUCUUGAAGUUUAUAAAAAUGUUCAAAGUAUUCUCGUUAUGAACAAUUAUAUAUUGUAACCAAUUCUAUGAUCAUUGGAACUGAAUCGCUAGAUAGAACAUGUCAUUAUAAAUAAACAAAUAAAUUAUUAUUCUAAA